GGAACCUCGGCGGGCGGGCGGGCGGGCGGUGAGCAGGCCCCGGGCCGGGAGGCUGCGGGCGGCGGCGCUGGGCCCGGCGCGGCGAGAGGCCCGGAGAUGCCGAGCAAGAAGAAAAAGUACAACGCGCGGUUCCCGCCGGCGCGGAUCAAGAAGAUAAUGCAGACGGACGAAGAAAUCGGGAAGGUGGCGGCGGCGGUGCCUGUCAUCAUCUCCCGGGCACUGGAGCUGUUCCUGGAGUCGCUUUUGAAGAAGGCCUGCCAAGUGACUCAGUCCCGAAACGCCAAGACCAUGACCACAUCCCACCUGAAGCAGUGCAUUGAGCUGGAGCAGCAGUUUGACUUCUUGAAGGACCUGGUGGCAUCUGUGCCUGACAUGCAGGGGGAUGGGGAAGACAACCACAUGGACGGGGACAAGGGUGCCCGCAGGGGCCGGAAGCCAGGCAACAGCAGCCGGAAGAAUGGUGGGAUGGGAAGCAAAGGCAAGGACAAGAAGCUAUCAGGGACAGACUCGGAGCAGGAGGAUGAGUCUGAGGACACUGACACUGAUGGGGAAGAGGAGACACCGCAGGCCCCACCCCAGGCCAGCCACCCCCCUGCCCACUUUCAGAGCCCCCCAACACCUUUCAUGCCCUUCACCUCGACUCUGCCUCUGCCCCCAGCGCCCCCGGGCCCCUCAGGACCUGAUGCAGAGGAUGAAGAGGAUUAUGACUCCUAGCACCCUCUGCCCCCCAGGCCACACCCCCUUUUAGUUGGUUUUAGUUGUUCUGGGCGGAGGAGAGAAGAUAGAGCUGUUCUUAAAUUUAUUAAAAAAAUAAAUAAAUAAAAGGGAACAUCAGUGUUUA